AACCAUGAAACACACAACAAUAUGGAUUACCCUCACAUUCCUGUGAGAGCUCUGUUGUUUGGCUUUUGGGUUUUAACUUCCUUUCCUGAGUUUGCAGUGAGCAUAACAAGACACUACACAUUCAAUAUACAUUCAAGCUGAUAGUGAAGCCAGGCAAGACCUAUCUUCUUAGAUUGAUCAACGCUGCACUCAACGACGAGCUCUUCUUUAGCAUUGCCAACCACACCCUAACCAUUGUGGAAGCUGAUGCUUCAUACACCAAACCAUUCGACACAGACAUAAUCUUCAUAACCCCGGGACAAACCACAAACCUUCUUCUCAAAACCAAACCACACUCCCACAAUGCAACUUAUCUCAUGGCUGCAAGGCCUUACUUCACCGGCAGGGGCACUAUCGACAAUUCCACCACCGCCGGUAUCCUCCAAUAUCAUUUUCUGAAUCAUGGUACUGAUACGAAGUAUCCAUCGUCGAAAGCAGGUAUCCUUCAACAAGAGCAUCCAUCAUCUUCACACCAUCCCAAAAACCUUUCCCUCUUGUUGCCAACCCUCCCACCCAUAAACGCCACAAACUUUGUUGCAAACUUCACAAGCCAAUUCAGAAGCUUGAACAACGCUAAAUUCCCUUCCAAUGUACCCCAAAAAGUUGAUAAGAAGUUUUUCUUCACCGUUGGACUUGGAACCACCCCUUGUCUACAAAACACAACGUGCCAAGGACCCAGUAACGGAACCAAAUUCGCAGCCUCGUUGAACAACGUUUCUUUUGCACUUCCUACGGUAGCGAUUCUUCAGUCUUACUACUUUGGAAACCCUAACGGGGGUUUCAACACUGAUUUUCCGACCACCCCUUUGAACCCUUUUGAUUACACGGGAACGGGGCUGAAUAACACUAUGGUGAACAAUGGCACGAAGGUGGUGGUGCUUCCGUUCAAUACGAGCGUGGAGCUGGUGUUGCAAGGUACUAGUGUUCUUGGAGGUGAGAGCCACCCUUUGCAUCUUCAUGGGUACAAUUUCUUUGUUGUUGGACAAGGUUUUGGGAACUAUGAACCAGACAAAGACGCUAAGAAUUUCAAUGUUGUGGACCCUGUUGAGAGGAACACGGCUAGUGUUCCUUCUGGUGGAUGGAUCGCCAUUCGUUUCCUAGCAGACAACCCUGGGGUGUGGCUAAUGCAUUGUCACCUAGACGUUCACAUAAGCUGGGGUCUUGGCAUGGCAUGGUUAGUGUUGAAUGGACCAGGGUUGAACCAGAAGCUACAACCACCACCUUCGGAUCUUCCACAAUGUUGACUAUUUGACUCUCCUUGUCCUGAGUUAUAUUCUGUUUGUCCCUUUCUUGGAGUUCAUCUCUUUGUUUUCAAUAAAGAAAUAGUAGUGAAAUUAAUUCUUUUCGUGCUUUGAGGGUGAAUUUAAUAAAUUGUCAUUAUUGUGUCAGGUGAACAAUUCGUUUUAAUGUUGUUGUGUUGUUUAGUAGGUGGGUUUGUUCGAAUAUGGAUGAGCAGUUAAUGAGUAACGCUCAGAGGGGUGUCUACCCUUGUUUUAUUUAAUGAUGAAGGAUUGUUUACCUUUUGAUUAAUGAAUCAUGUUAAGCAAUAUUUGGUGAU